UUGACCCGUUAAAGUAUUACCAUCCCCACUAUCUUCUUCAGCUUGCCAUUACUGAUAAGAUAACAUUUAUACUGUGAAAAAAAUUACAGAAAAAAAUUCAAAGUAGGUAUGGCAAAUCUAUCAUGGAGUUCAUCUUUUUGCAGCUUAGCAAAAAUUACAAAUGCUGAAAAUACAAAAUUAUCAGAAAGAAGUUCAAUUUUAACAAUUGUAGCUCAAAAGAAAACCAAGAAAAUACGAAAGAUAAUACUGACAGAGGAUAUAACACAGUUGGGUAAAAAGGGGGAACUUUUGGACGUUAGAGCUGGAUUCUUUAGGAAUUAUCUGCUACCAACGGGGAAAGCUCAAAUUGUGACAGCUGCACUUAUCAAGGAAAUGAAGAUGGAAGAGGAGAGAAUUGAAGCGGAGAAACAACGGGUGAAAGAUGAGGCACAACAGCUUGCUCGAAUUUUUGAAACUGUUGGAGCCUUCAAGGUGAAGCGUAAGGGUGGGAAAGGAAAGCAAAUCUUUGGAAGUGUCACUGCUCAGGAUCUCGUUGAUAUUAUAAAAGCACAGAUACAGAGGGAUGUGGACAAGAAAAUUGUCACUUUGCCUGAGAUUCGAGAAACCGGAGAAUAUAUUGCUGAACUGAAGCUGCAUCCAGAAGUUACAGCGCGAGUAAGGUUGACAGUGUACGCCAAUUGAGCAUAGGGGCUCCCUAGUGCAGUUGUUGUCAAGUAUGGAUUUUGCUGUAUCGGCUCUCUUGGCCAAGGUAGGGAGGAGGAUGCUAUAAACAAUGGAAAACAUCAGAUUCAGACUCCACAUAUGGACCCCAAGUUUGUAAAUGAAUUUUCUUCUUUUGAGAUCAUAUUUAUUCUGACCUGUUACAUCAAUCUUCUCAUCCUAAGCCUGUUACUUCAAAUAUUCUGACUGCAUACAAAACUUGUGCCUAUCUUUUCAAUUUAUUUGUUUCCAAAGGUA